GAUUCGUUGCCUUUUGGCGUUCUAAUGCGGUGACCCCGCAUAUAAGCAUGUCGUAUUGGAUGUAUUGUUUUAUUAUAGUCAAUUACUUUUAUUUGUAUUAACCGCCCUAAAAAAUCAGCUAUGUAUAACAAGUCUGGGUCAUGUUUGAUAACAACCAACAGCUGAAACCAGUUAAUUGUUUCUGAUAAUGACGAGUUGAUAUGAGUUUGCCCACGUGAAAUGAAACAUUUUAACAUACGUUUCAUGUGUAAAGUGUGCAUAUAACAGUGACGAGUUAAUCCUUUUUUUACUGUCGACAAUAUUUCGCAAGGAAUAAAUGGAAACAACUGGGUCGUCGACGUCGAAUGCUUGCAGUGACGUCAAGGACAACGUGUUCUUUUGGGUCGGAUUGUCAUUUUUUGUCGGCAGCUUGGUUGUUUGGGUAUUCAUAUGCCGAAGGCGCGUUUGUGCCUGCCAGAUGUCCGAAGAUCGGACUGAGCGGAUCGGGAAUGAACACGUAUCUGCACAGGAAAGCAUUCCACGGCCGAUACCCCCUCCACGACCCGAACACACGAAAGGAGAAAUCCCUACGUAUCUGGAUCUAGAAGCGUCUCAAGAAGUUACCACGGUGAACUUAUACGAGUCUGUUAACAACCCUAACCCGGCGUCAAUCUACGAGUCGGUUCAAAUGAACGAAAGCUCCACGAACGCAGGUCGUCAUGACAACCCACAGCAACAUACAGGUGGCAGUGUAAAAUUCUCCAAUGGCAACAAGUCCGGCGUUGAUAGGUACGAGAAACUUAAGUACGACAAAAACGAUCAGAUUUCGUCAAACAAUAGUAAGACUGUUGACCCCGUGAAAACAACAAGUCACGGAUAUGCUGAACUUAAAUCAGCGACAACCGCGAAUUAUGAACACGAGGUGGUCGAGCACACGAAAAAAAAAAACAGUGACGUCAAUUCGGCGAUAGCGGAAGACGAUCCAGAUGACGAUCGAGCGGUCUCGCCUCAGACGAAAUAUCUCGGUAAUGCAGAAGACGAUCAUGAUAUGCGCAUGAACGAGAUGUGUAAUUCACUUCCGGGAUCUAGUGCCAAUACAAAACCAGUCGAAAGAAAACAGAGAAAAUGACGGAGGGUCGUUGACUUGAUCAUUAUUAAGUGUCUUUUAAAUGUUGAAACCUCGAUUGUUUUACUUUUGUUUUUAUUUGGAAUGUUAAAGGGACUGUCCAACAGAUUAAAGCGUCGUUCGACGCGAAUCGAUAUUUUGGGAAACUACGAGGAUUGCUUAUAUAGCUUAAAAAUACAGCCGCAUUAUACGUGAGCGUGGAUGGUCGAGUGGUUAAGUCAGGAGACAUUUUACUCCAAGCUUCCAUGACUCUAGGAGUCAGUGGUUCAAGCCAUGUGGAGGUUAACGUUUUUCUUAUUUUUUACUGGAGAUUUUUAGUUCAAAUUUAUCAAUAUAAAGAAUUUCAAGCAGUUAAUGACAAGCUUUAAUACAUGCCAAAAUCUGUUUGACGGCCCCUUUAAAUGAAGCAACUCGCGUGCUCCUUAAUACAGAUGGAAAAUACAGAGGAAAAAUAAACAAUCACCACAUGCGUAGAGUAUUUUUGUUAACGUCAGAUCAUAAUUGUAUUCAGUCACGAGUGUUUUUAUGGAAUUUUCGGGGAGCAUAUAGUUGCCAGUUUGUCCUUCCUUCCUACCUUCACGCUUUUGUUACAGUUUCUCAUAGCGCAUUCAAUAUUUUACUGAUCUCUUACAUAUUUGGCAUGUAGGUACCUUGCAUAGACCUCUAUCUUUUGAUGAUAAUUGAGGUCACUGGGGUCAAGGUCACCGAGGCUAAUAGUAUAUUUUCUCAAGGUCACACUUUGGUAACAGUUUCUCUUAGCGCUUUCACAAGGUGAGCAUCCAUCGUUUUUAACUAUACUUGUUUUUAAAGAAAGUACAUGUAUACGUUUUCUAUGAUAACCAGUAAAUUAAUGCAUGUAAUUGAGUAAAUAAACAAGGGACAAAAUUGUCACAAAACCAGGUUUUCAUUGUGAAAAAAAAAUCUGAUAAAGGGAGAAAACUCAAACUGAACUUUUGAAAUGACCAAAAAAAAUUAACCCCCUUUGUAAGUUUUUUUUUUUUUUUUAAUCUAUUUUUAGUCGUGGCGACCUUGACAUUGGAGAUAUUGACGUGAUUCUUUCGUGGGACACACCGUCCCAUGAUGGUGAACAAAUGUGCCAAAUGAUUUUAAAAUCUCACAAUGAAUGACAUAGUUAUGGCCAGGACAAGCUCAUUUAUGGCCAUUUUUGACCUUUGAACUCAAAGUGUGACCUUGACCUUGGAGAUAUCGACGUAAUUAUUUCGCGCAUCACACCGUCCAAUGAUGGUGAACAAAUGUGCCAAAUGAUUUUAAAAUCUGACGAUGAACGACAUAGUUAUGGCUCGGACAAGCUCAUUUAUGGCCAUUUUUGACCUUUGAACUCAAAGUGUGACCUUGACCUUGGAGAUAUCGACGUAAUUAUUUCGCGCGACACACCGUCCAAUGAUGGUGAACAAAUGUGCCAAAUGAUUUUAAAAUCUGACAAUGAACGACAUAGUUAUGGCCCGGACAAGCUUAUUCCGCCAGCCCGCCAGCCAGCCAGCCCGCCCGCAUUCGCCAAUCUAAUAACCAGUUUUUUCCUUCGGAAAACCUGGUUAAAAAUGCAGACAUGCAGUUGUCUGAUACGAUUAAUUCCUCCGCCUUGCAAGAUAACCAUUCUCCAUCCACGUCACCAAACUAUUAUUCUCUGCAUACCCCUCCGAAGCUGGAGGGUUAUAGUUUUUGCGUUUACCGUCCAUCUGUGAAAAACGUGUUUAGUCUAUAUCUCAAAAAGUAUGUAAAAUAUCAACAUGAAACUUUAUGGGCGUAUAGAUAUCAAUAAGGAGAAGUGCAAAAGGUGGCGCACGCUAAUAUCUGUUCUUCUGCACAUGCGCUAUACUUUUUUUCACUUAGUAAUCAAUUUGCUGGGGCGUAUUAAUUCAUUGAGUACAAUAUUACAUCCAUUUGGAUCAUUAAAAUUGCCAGGUGUACAACAAUCAACUGUGGGACAUCUUCGAAACAAGAAUUGUACUUUUUGAUAGUGCUGCAAUUUACAAAAUUGAAUGUCUUUCGAUUCUAUUGACAUUGUAUAUUUUAUAUUACAACAAACAAAAGUUUAAGAUCGAUGUUGUUUUAUUUUAAAUUGAGUCAUGAUCCAAGUUGUAUUAUACAAUUCAUUUUCUCUAGAAAUAUAAUCACUUGUUCAAUAAAAUGAUUUCUAUC